GUAUUUGUGUCAGUGUUCAGUGUUGUGUGUGCGAAAAUUUCGAAUCAGCUGUGUUUUGAAUACUUUCUCAUUAUUUAUUUGGAUUUCAAUUUUUCAAAAUGCCGAAAGAUCAGUUCAGAGAAAUACAUGUUGCUAAGGAUAUAUCCGCCAUCAAGUUUUGUGUCGACAGUCCCUCAGAUAUGCAAAUGCAUGCUCGCCUCCAAAUUUUUCAAACAAAUAUGUACGAUCAAGGACCACGAACUCCAGUUCCCUAUGGAGUCUUAGAUAGAAGACUGGGGAGCUUAUCCAAUGCAGAACGAUGUGAAACCUGUGGUGAGACAUUAACAGAAUGUUCAGGUCAUUAUGGGUACAUUGAUUUGGAGCUUCCAGUUUUUCAUGUUGGUUAUUUCAAUCAUAUUCUGAAUAUACUAAGAUGUAUAUGUAAAAGUUGUGCUUGUGUCCUUCUCGACAGUAGUCUCAAAAAUAUUUUCCGAAAAAGGUUUGUAUUUUACAUUCAAAUAUGUCUGCUUUUUUAUUGAACAUACAAUUGCAUC